ACAGUAGGAACGAGGUUGUGUUUGUAGCUUUGCACAAAGUUUUUUAUCGUAUAAAACCUUGUGCAUAUUGCUUAUAUAAUCCACUGAAAUGUAGGCCCCCGAGCUCUUAAGAAGAACAAAAAAGAUUUUAUUUUUAGGAUGACGCCUGACCUUCAUUUAUCAUUGUGCACGCUUAAAACAUCCGCUGUUACUGUGACCUGCUCUGGAUGAUUGUCAACACAAGAGUCACAUUUCAUACACGUCUUGGCGAGUAUCUUUACACCGCACCACAAGGAGCGCUGCAUUAUCGUGCGACGCCAGUGUUUUGUCAUGGCCGAGAAACAAGAACACUCAUUUGCUCGUAAUUUCCACAGCUGUUCAUCUAAGCUUGUUUGUCCAGUGUCGUUAGUGUCUUUAUUGAUCUGUACCACUGCAUUGGUGCGCGUUGAGAUUAUAAACCAGCGAGUUCAUGAUGUUGAAGAUCUUGUGGCGCAGGCACGGCAGAAUCAGAACGUGAUCAAAGUUUUCACCGAUGCAGCAAGCUCCAAACGCUCUGAAAGAGUCGAGUCAGUUGAAAAGUUUGAUCAAGAGAUUACUAAAGACGGGAGAGAUGAGACAGAAGCUCAUAUCGGAAGAACCCGCCGGUUUUCAUCUGAAGCUGGCACAAAACCAGACGAGCUUACUAUGGAGUCGGUCAGAAGUGAGAUAAACAAGACAUUAAACUCUCUGACGUCACGAUCAUUCUGUUCACCCAAACAACAAAUUUGCGUGCAAGGACCGCCGGGAAUGCAGGGUCCUAAAGGAUCACGUGGUAGAAGAGGACCGCGUGGAACGCCUGUGAAAACUUCUGCGAAGAACCCUGAUCAGAUAUCGUCGCUGGAAGUCACGGAUCAAGAGACUGCACCAUGGCGGCUUCAUUAA